AUGGCAGACGCGUACUCGCAUGCUCUGCUCGUCGAGCUCGAAGAAAACAACGUACAGAAACUUAAAAACAAGUUAGUGAAGUACUUUCAGAGUAAGAAAUCUAACGGGGGCGACUGUGAAGUCGAUUAUGAAAAUGGCAGCAGGACAGCGGUGCUUCGCUUCCGCAGAGUGGAGGAUCAAAAAAAUGUUUUGGGGAAAGAGGCGCAUCAGAUCACUUUGGAUAAAGGCGUGCUGAAGAUGACUGUUCGCUUAUUAACAGAUGACACGGCAACACAGGAAGCUCCAUCUCCAUCUCCAGUUCCAUCUCCAGCUCCUAAACUCAACCAGAAAUCAGUGGAUGUUGAUGUGGACAACAAACAGUCAAACACUGAGGAGUGCACACCUGCAGCCGACGUUCAGACAGAGGCGAAAGGCGGAGACAACGAGACAACAGACGACGAAGAGCUCUGCUCCACUUCGGCUGUUUUAGGAAAUAUUCCUGCAACAUUAAGCCAGGAGUUUUUGGAGAUGCUUGUGGAGAAUAUCUUAAAGGAUCCUGACUCUCCAUCUGCCCUUAAAAGCUUCAACUUGGAAGUAGUUCCUGAAAUCUCCUCUGCUGUGGUGACUUUCCAGAGUGGAAAAGAAAACACCAAUUUUGUGACAAGAUGCCCCCAAAACCGGACCUUCACAAAGAAAGGACUAUCAGUCCAACCUCUUGAAGUCACAGAGCAAGUCGUGGUUGAAGACCUGGAAAAUUUUAGUGAGGAUCUCAUCCGCCUUUAUUUUGAGAAUGCAGGUGGGGACGUGGAAAAUGUUGUGCUUAAUGAAGUGGAACAGUCCGCCAUCAUCACCUUCAAAGACCACAAAGCGGUUCAGAAAGUCACGAAGAAGAAGCAUCACAUCAAACAGAAAGAGAUCAGGGUUUAUCCGUUUUACAAAUCGUUAGGAACAGCCCUCUAUGGCAAAGACAAGCCUUCCAUAAAACUCCCUGCUGCCAUCUCUGAACUAAUUGACAGUGCUGUCUGGAAAUACCUAAAGGACAAUCGAUCAGCAAGAGAGACCAUUAACAGUCACUUGGCAAAACACUUCUGCAAUGUGAACCUCAACCAAUCUACUGUGUGCUUGAGCCCUGUAUCUUUGCUACUACAACAAAAGGAUGCCAAAGCCCUCAUCAAAGAGUGGGGGGACACUGUGAAGACUGCCUUUGCAGAAGCUCUGUCAAAAUUCAAAUCCCUGAGGCUUCCGCUAGAGUCAGAGGUAUGGGAAGAGUCAGAGAAGAAGAUCAGACAGGAGCUACUGAAUGAGGAUGUGGUUGUAGUGCCUGAUAAAGCCAAUGGUGUUUUAUCAGUGGUUGGCCUUGUGGCUGAUGUUAACAAACUAGAGCAAACUCUACGUGAAGUUGUGAACAAGACUUUCAAAAGGUGGCAGAGGGAGAAAUCUAGUGUAACCCAAGAGAUCAAAGUGGCUCCGUCAGUUUUCCACAUCCUAUGUCAAGAUGGUCUUCAGGACAAGCUGCAACGUGUGUACCCCGAAAUCAAAAUGUCAUUUACUAAAGAUAGUCCAGAUUUGAUGGUAACUGGCUUAAGGGAAGAGAUUAUGGCAGCAAGCAAAGUUAUAUAUGAUGCAAUGUUUGCAUUAAAACGUGAGAAUUUAGAACUAGAUAAGUUUGUGCUUGAUUGGUUGAAGGAUGAAAAACAGGAGGAGCUUACAAAUGAUCUCCUCAUAUCCAAUGGAAUAAAUGCCACAUUUGAGAUCAAUGCACACAGGGUGCAGCUCCUUGCUGCUUCUGACAGAGAUCUGAAUGAUGCUGAAGACCAUCUUGGAAGGCUGCUGAUAUCCGAGUACAUUGAUGUUGAAGACAGUAAUGUCCUGAAGAGGAAAGAGUGGGAGCACCUUGUCAGUAAUUUGGAGAAUGCCAACAAUAAGCCAUGCAGGGGAAUUCAAAUCCAUACCACUGGUGAACAAGUUGUAGUGUCUGGCCACAAGGAUAGUGUCAGAAGAGUUAGCAGUGCACUUGAUGACUUUUUAACACAGUAUGCUGAAGUGGAAGAAACUGUCGUGGUCAAGCCCAACACUAUAGUUGAAUACAUUCAAAAACAUGACACACGACAGUUGGAGCAAAUUAAAGACAAAGUAGUGGUGUUUUAUAGAAAGGAGGCUAUCUGUCUUACUGGUUCUAGAGUAGAUGUUGAAAAGUGCAAGGACUUGGUUAAAAACAUGGUCUCUUCUGUGGUCUUUGAAAUGUUAAAAGUCUCCAUGCCUGGAGGGAAGAAGCUCUUCCAGGAAAAAGAAGCUAUGUAUGUAUCUUCACUCUUGAGUGAUACUGGCUGCCUGGUCCAGCUGGUUGAUGAGACUAGUGGCGGACAGGGUGACUUGGCCCACAGUCGGCUACCAAAACCUGUGUACCAGCUUCAGACAGCUGAUGGAGUGGAAAUAGCCGUUUGCAAGGCAGAUAUGUGCAGCUACCCAGUGCAUGCAGUUGUCAAUUCUUCUAAUCAGGACUUGAAACAUAAUGGAGGUCUUGCAAAGGCGCUUCUGAAUGCUGCUGGCCCUCAGUUGCAGGUUGAAUGUGACAAACAUAUGAACUUGAAAGGACAGCUGAAGCCUGGGGACUGUGUCAUUACUGGUGCAGGGGGGCAGCUUUGCUGCCAAAAAGUCAUCCAUGCAGUAGGACCACAGUUUGAUCAAGGUAAUCCCCAGAAGGCUCUGGCACAGUUGAAAAGAGCUGUUAAAGGAAGCUUGGAACUUGCUGAAACGCAUGGUUGCAUCUCGGUUGCUCUGCCUGCCAUCAGCAGAAGCCAAGGCUUUCCUCUCAGUUUGUGUGCAACCACCAUCAUCAAAGCAGUGAAGGAACACUGUGAUGACAAGUAUGGUGACAACACCCUGAAGAAGAUCCAUUUUGUGAACAAUGAUGACAGUGCUGUUCAGGCUAUGGAUAUGGCUGUCAGACAGGAGUAUGGGAAUCAUGGUGUCAGUCAUUCUCAACAAACUCUUGCUAACAAAGACACCAAGUCUCCACCGGUGAAACGUGCUAAAAGUGACUCAAUGUGCUUGGGUCAAGUGCAGACCAAAGAGGGCAUGGUCAUCACUGUUACUAAAGGAAAUAUUGAGAACGCCACGACGGAGGUGACCGUGAAUACUGUGUUUGAAGAUCUUACGCUGACCAAAGGGGCCGUUUCAAACGCCAUCUUUCGUGUGGCUGGACCUAAACUUCAGCAGUUGGUAACUGCAAAAAAUGCUAAUGGAAAAGUAGGUGAGGUCAUUGUUACUGAUGGCUGCCAGCUGAAGAGCAAGCAAGUCUUCCAUGCAAUCACACCUCAUUGGGACAAUGGACAAGGCGCAGCUGAAAAGACCCUGAGUGGCCUUUUCAAGGAUUGUUUGGACAAGGCCGAGGACAGUGGUCUGAGCUCCAUAUCCUUCCCUGCCAUCGGCACUGGGAACCUGGGUUUCCCAAAAAACCUUGUAGCCUCAUUGAUGCUGGAUGAAAUCUUAGCGUUUAGCAGUAAGAAACAACCUAAGCAUCUGAAGAAGGUUGUGAUCAUACUUUACUCGGGAGACGCUAACACUAUCCAGGCGUUUAGUGAUGAAUUCACUAAGAAGUUCCCCAAUGCCUCAGGUCUUUCGGUGCCAACAAGUUCCCAACAAAGCUCAGGUCCCUUCUCUAAAGUUGUCUCAAGCUCAGGAAUGCACGAGACUAAAAUGGGUAGCGUGGCUAUACAGGUGGUCACAGGAGACAUAACCAAAGAGACCACUGAUGUCAUUGUCAACUCCUCCAAUGAAGGUUUCUCUCUUAAGUCAGGGGUAUCGAAGGCUAUUCUGGAUGCAGCCGGUCAGACCGUUGAAGCAGAAUGCCAAACGCUUGGUGCCCAGCCCCACCCAGGUAUGAUAAUGACCCAGCCAGGCAACCUCAAGUGUAAGAAGAUCCUCCACUUGGCUGGACAGACGGACAUAGUAAAAAUCAACAAGGUUGUGAAAGAGGCACUCCAAAUGUGUGUGACAAACUCAUACACUUCUGUCUCGUUUCCUGCCAUUGGCACAGGUCAAGGCAAUGUACAAGCAAAGCAGGUGGCAGAUGCCAUGUUGGACGCAGUGAUAGAUGUGUUGAACCAAAACACUUCCAGUACCCUGAAGACAAUCCGGAUCGUUAUUUUCCAGCCACCCAUGCUAAAAGAGUUCUACAACAGCAUGCACGAACGAGAAGCUACUGAUCCUAAAGAUAAAGCAACCGGUUUCUGGGGGAGCGUCGGCUCCAAAAUCAAAUCAUUAUUUGUUGGAAGUUCUGACAAACUACAGAAAGAAGAGGAUUUUGUCAUUGAGGCUCUGAAAGUGGACCCAGCUUGCUUCCACAUCUGUGGCGAGUCAAAGACUGAAGUUGACAAAGCCAAGCAGUGGAUCAACGACAUUAUAUCUAAAGAGCAUCACAGCGACACCAUUGCUGACAACGCCAUCCUCAGCUUGUCUGAUGCAGACCAACAACGCAUUGUUGACAUCCAGAAGACCAUGAGCGUGAGCAUAAGGACUGAGAGCAAGAAGGGUCAAGCUUCACUCACCAUCAAGGGGCUCAGCAAGGACGUGCUCAAAGCCAACAAUGAGAUCCAUGCGAUGCUGAGAAGGGCGAGAGAUGAGGAGGACCUGAAGAAGAAAGUAGAACUGGCAGGCACAGUGGUAGAGUGGGUGUUCAUGCUGGGGUCUCAGUUUCAGAGUUUCGAUUCAAAGACCAACUACGAGCUUGAGCAAGCGCUGGAAAAGAACUUACCAAGUGCAAAAGUAACCAUCCAGGGUCAAGUCUACACUGUAACCAUGCCAAAUGGACCUGCUACUGAUAACCAGGGCCGUGUCAUAGAGAUGAAGCGCAUUGACAAACUGAGAGAUGAAGACAUCCCUGAUAACUGGGAUGCCAUGCCAGCCAACACCCCGAGUCAUUCCGUCACCGUCGCGGCUGGGACAACCGAGUACACUGAGAUCCAGACUCUGUUCCAGGCCACAUGCAAACAAGCCAUUAUAAAGAUUGAGAGGAUCCAGAACCCUGUUCUGUGGAAGAGCCUACAGCUGAGGAAGCGUGACAUGGAGCUGAGAAAUGGUCAUCAGAACAACGAGAAACGUCUCUUCCACGGCACCUGCCACGACACCGUGGCCUACAUCAACAAUCAUGGCUUCAACAGGAGUUACGCAGGAAAGAACGCUGCUUGUUAUGGCAAUGGCACAUACUUUGCUGUCAAUGCUAGCUACUCUGCCAGUAACACCUACUCCAAGCCAAAUCAAAAUGGGGAGAAGUGCAUGUACCUCUGUCGAGUGCUGACGGGGGACUUCACCCUUGGACAACAAAACAUGAUCGUGCCACCGGCCAAGGGCGCCGUCUCUGUUCAGAAGUACGACAGCGUCGUGGACAACGUUGCCAGACCCAGCAUGUACGUUAUCUUCCAUGACACCCAGGCGUAUCCUGAAUAUUUGAUUACCUUCAAGUGACACACUAAAGCGCUAACUAAAACAAGUGCCUUACUUUUGAAACUGCCUUACAACAAGUAGCUCGUUGCUAAUUGUCAAUUGAUUACUAUAUUUGUUAUUUUCAAGAUGUUUCUUUAAACUUACAAUGAUUGCAAUAAUAGCUGCCAUUUCCUGUUUUACAAACAACCAAUAAUGAUUACGAGGGUCAGUUAUGGUACUAUAAGUAGUAAGACUUAAUAUAGUGCCUUGAAAUAUGUUUGUGGCCAUAUAGUGGAAGAUGUAUGCAAGAACAAAUAAAACAAGGGAAAAAAAGAGGGUUGCGGAAACAAUUAUUGCCUGUAUGUAUGUUACGCACUGUGUAAAUGCACUUAACAUUGUACUGAGAUUCUUGACUCCCGGUAAGCUUAUGGAAAGUACCUGUUCUUCCAGGAAAUCUUGUAAUAGAAAAAUGUGUAUAUGUACGCAUGUGUAAAUCAGGUUAACAAUCACUUUUGGUUUUGAAAGUAGAAUUGAAACUUAUCCACUGUUCCAAUAAACAAGCCUGCACAAAUAAAAACUGGUUCAAGCACA